AUGUCGCAAACCGCUCCACUCAUAGUGAGAUUGUUAGCUUCAUCAGUUUCUGUUGCCAACCGAGCUGGUAAAAUUGUUAGAGAUAUAAUGAGUAAAGGCGAACUCGGCAUUGUGGAAAAGGGUAAAGAUGAUUAUCAAACAGAGGCUGACCGCUCUGCUCAAAGAUGUAUUAUUGCCUCCCUAUCUGCGCAGUAUCCUAAAGUAAGAAUAAUUGGUGAAGAAGAUGGAAAUGAGAUUCAGUCUUCACAUGAGUUCCUUGAAACAGAUGCAGACAAGGAAAUAUUAAGCUUGGAGUGUCCAGCUAGCUUGAAAGGAAUAAAGGAAGAAGAUAUUGUAGUUUGGGUUGAUCCUCUUGAUGGAACUGCUGAAUACACACAAGGUGCUCUAAUGUUGAAGAGAGAUCCUUGGGAAAGGUGGAAAAUGUACUUAACACAUCCAUUUAUUAGUAUGAAAUGGUAUUUAAGUUUACUACACUCAAAAUAUGGUUUUCUUGAACAUGUUACUGUUCUGAUUGGAAUUUCUGUGAACGAGAAACCAAUAGGGGGUGUUAUUCAUCAGCCGUAUUUUAAGAAUGAAAAUAAAAUGGGCCGCACUAUUUGGGGGUUAAAGGAUGUUGGUGUUGGUGGUUUUACUCCUGGAAAUCCUCCUGAAUCUUUGAUCAUUACAACUACAAGAAGCCAUUCAAAUCCUAUUGUCGAAAAUGCACUCCAAGUUAUGAAAGCAGCACAAGUUCUUAGAGUUGGUGGAGCAGGAUACAAGGUGUUACAAUUAUUAGAAGGAAAAGCAUCUAUUUAUGUGUUUGCUAGCCCUGGAUGUAAGAAGUGGGAUACAUGUGCGCCUGAGGCAGUCCUUAAUGCAGCAGGGGGAAAGUUGACUGAUGUACUUGGUAAUUUCUAUAAAUAUGGAGCAUCUGAAUCAAGACCAAACAAAACUGGUGUGCUUGCAGCUGUCAAUGAUGAAUUACAUAACUAUGCAGUUCAAAGAAUACCACAAGAGUUAAAAGAUAAGCUUUCUGCUUAA